AGAAGUAGGAGGAGGCAAAAAGGCAAGACAUAGUAGGACGGGGAGUGUUGGAGGGCAGUGCACUGUUUAGCACACUGCACUGUUUCUGUCAGUGAGGUGUGGGCAUGAGGCACCGAGACCCAAACAAGGAGAGAAGGGAUACAGUGGCCACAUAGCAUCUCCUGGAUCAAUACAGGAUCGAUCAGUUCGGCAUCACAGCACUGGAAAACAGGAGGAGCAUUGCUUUGCAGAGUCGACAGCCUGAGCACCCCUGGAGUUGCACUACGCUGCUGAGAGAUGGACAUAAUGGAGUGGACACCCUUUGGCUCUGUGUGAAUACUCUUAACUUGGCGAAAUGGGGAGACGUGCGGCGGACCUGACCACUCCUGUUUCUGUGCUGGGGGUCCCGGCUCUGGUUGGGGUGCGCGGCUUGAAGACGACGGGGGGUGACAAGAGCGACGGGGGGGUGCUGCUGCAGACCUGUGGCGUUCAGUGCAGUGUGGGUGUUCAAACAUCUCCCGGGUUUUACAGAGCACCAACCGCACACUGCACAAAGCUACCAGAACCCUGCUACUCCGAAACAUCCAACGGCUAUUUAAGCGUGGAAUCGGACUAUAAGGAGACAUCACUGCUAACAAAAAGUGACAAGGAAAAAAGGGCUAUUUUAAAGCAGAAAAGUGGCGAGCCAAAGACCAAAAAAGAAGUGACUUUCAAAACAGGUGAACCCUCCAAGGAUGUGGCCUCGAGUUGGAGGAGUGGGACUUAUUGCUAUGCCAGGGCGAUCAAGACCAACCCGCAAUUGGCCGGGAACUCUGCCAACGUCAGGCCUAAAUUAAAAUCUAUUAGCCGGUAUGCUAACGGCAGUGUGGUUGAUUCGGAGGCGAUCGGUGGAAUUAGCAUUGAUAAUGGUGAAUCAGAGCCGGUCUCUGGAGGAAUGGACCUAAACAGACAGGGUCAUUAUGCAGAGCAGCCUGGGAUAAAGACAGCGUUAUCUUCAAGCCGACCUUUUCCACAAAAAAUAUACAGACAUUGUGGAGGAGGACAACCUGAUAACACUGCGAUUCCUGUUUGUUCAGUAAAGGCACUACACAACACAAAGACCCAGAGCUUAACUUGUCCAAGAGAGCCCAUUGUAAAUCCACAUGUACCUUCAUCUAACGAAGACAGGAAGUACCAAAACAUACCGCACCCAGCAUGUCCAGUGCAUUCCCUGAACAGAAGCUACUGCACCAAUUUAAGCUCUCUCCGCGCAAACUUCACUCCUCCAACAACUAUUUUCAAUUCCAAAUCCGUCACUGUUACUAAAGCUACGAUUGAAACCAAGCAAUCUAGAACGAUCCCCAGACCAACUAGUCUUCCACUAACCCCACUCAUGGCUACAGCGACAAAAAGCAACAACCCACCAGUGUUCACAUUCCCUAUGCAGUUUAAAGCGCCACAGCAAAAUACUACAAAGCGCCAAGCUACUUCAGAGACCUUAAAUCCACACCAUCAUGUACAGAUAAAUGCAUGUGUUUCAAACAGUUUGUCAAUAAAAGAGGAAUGUAAAGCUAAAAAUGAAUAUUCAAAUACAAGCAAUAAUACAGAUUAUGCAAAACUGAAGAAGGAGUUAAGCGAAACCCCCAAGCUACUCUCAAAUAAGCAUCAAAUAAAAAGUAGCAUCACAGAAGAAACCAAUGCAAUAGAAACAUCUGAUAAUAAACCAGAUACAACGUCUUCCAAAGAGAUUUCUAACAAUGCAUUACCGGGUACAGAGAGUGCAGCACAAGAAAUUAAAAACUCAAAAGUUCCGACCAAGUCCUCGAGCCUAACUUCUCCUGACAGUGAUGAAAACUCUGAGGCUCCGAAGUCAUCAUGCCCCGCUGCACUUAGUAACAAACUAUGUACUGAUGCAAGCACCAAAUACUUUUGUACUAAAGAGGUUGUAACUCAAAUAUACAAAACCAUUUCCAAAGUUGAUCCGCCAGCACUAGUCAAUUGUCUGAAAGAUUCCCUAAAUACAGCUGUUAAUUCCUCUACUUUAUGCAAUACUACCUUGGCAAACUUGGUUCAGUGCCCAGCCCAAAAUGCUGCCCAAUUGGCAUCAUCAAAACUGCAGAGUCCCAAAAUAUCUGCAAAACAAAACCAAGAAUUUGAAUGUAAAGUCAAAAAUGAGCAAAUUGACAAACUAAUGACUCAAGAUGCUUCGAAUGUGUCUAAACCUGUGCAAGGAAAUGAUGUAGUGUAUAUGUCAGAACCCACUACUACUCACCAAACAACCACGUCAUCCAAAUUAAAAAAUACUACAAAUGAGGCUAAAUGUAACGGUACAGUCCAUGAAUCAGCUGCACGGCAACAAGGAGACAGUGUAAGCUCAGGCAGCUCACAGGUCACUAACCUUCAGAAUUACAUUUCCCUAAUUAAAUCAAGCAGCUCUUAUCCACAGGGUCGCAUCAACACUAAACAAUGGCUUAAAUACGAUCAAGGAUACGCAGAAGCAGAAGGACAAAGCAGCACUACAUGCCCACAGGUACCAGACACACAGAGAGAUUCAAAAACCCAACAGCUUGCCUCAGGCGUAGCUGCAGCAGAUAAAUGUAUUCAUUUGGAAUCUGGCACUGAAGACGACACCCGCAAUUCAGCUUUUCAAAAAAACAAUAUAAGUGCAACAACAAAUAAUAGAAACAGCUCAAUUUCUCACUCGCUAUCACAUUCAGGUCAGGAAUACACUUCACUAGCUUCAUUCCACAGCACAGAGCGGUCGCAUGAAGACCUCAAAUGCACUUCCUUAUUGUCAUCACCAACAAUACGCUUGGCAUCUGUUCCUCGCCUCCAACCCGGCACGGCGGAGGAGAUAGCAGUAGAGGAUUCACGGUUUACCCCAGCUCCUCCUCCUCUUCCUGCUCUUUAUCCACUAGCCCCCCAGCAGUGCCCAGAGAAGGGGGCUCUGGCGCACUCUCACCCAGGCAAAGCAUCUGCGGUGCUGUUGCCGGGCUCCCCCCACAGUGGUGGAUCAGAGGCACUGCAGCAGAGACUAGAAAGUGUGGAGGCCAGCCUGGCAGCUAAUAAAGACCGGAUUACCACCCUGCUCAACAUCAUCCAUGACCUGGAGACGAGCCAUGCACCCACCACUGGUGUGGAGUACGACUUCAGGCAACAGGAAAGACGCUUCAUGGAGGUUCUGAAUCAUGCAGCGACCGGAAAAAAUGCCUUCUCCACGCAUUCGCCACAGACUGUCAACUUCAGCCUGCUCAGAGACGGCAUUAUUAAGAACCUGGGUGUAUCAAAGGUGAAACGCAAAAAGCUCUGCAAAACGUUAUUCAAAUGGCUGCCCAGGAAAAAGCAGCUCUGA